GGUGACUCCUUAAUCCACUCAUCUGCAGAGGGACCCAAAAAAGCAGCGUGCAGUCAUAUACACACAGCUGGGAGCGUCCACCCGCCUUCCACCAGCAUGGCGACGUCCUCCCAGUACCGCCAGCUGCUGAGUGACUACGGACCACCAUCUCUAGGCUACACGCAGGGAACAGGGAACAGCCAGGUGCCCCAGAGCAAAUAUGCUGAGCUGCUGGCCAUCAUCGAAGAGCUGGGGAAAGAGAUCCGGCCCACGUACGCGGGCAGCAAGAGCGCGAUGGAGAGACUGAAACGAGGCAUCAUCCACGCGAGAGGGCUGGUUCGGGAGUGCUUGGCUGAGACGGAGCGGAACGCCAGGUCCUAGCCUCCGAGUCAGCGCGAAGGCUUUCCAUCUUCUUCCCAGAAGUGACAGCUCAUGCCCCCUAUUCAGAUGAAACUCGGUUUCAGAAUGGUAACAGCUUGGUUUCUCCUCCCCGUACUCCUCCCGUGGCUCGUCAGGCUCCGAACCUCCCAUCGCUGAGAUGGAGAUUUUCGCAGUUUUAGGUUUACAUGUUAGUUAGGAACUACCCAGGGCGUUCUGUUUUUUUAAGCAUUGAUUUACAUGAUGCACGUCAGUUACCUAUCACCGCAAACCGUAGUUGGCCUCCCAGAUACCGGUGUUUCUCUUCUGGAUGCAUUUCUGUUACGUGGUUCUUUGUUUCUCUUCUGAGCUGAUCCAGCUCUGAGGGUUUGUUUCAGCGAGUCCUGCGGCAGCGCUUUAGUAGCCAGCGUGUUCGCCACACACUAUAAAUUCUGCUCAGUGUAACUUUUUUUUUUUUUGCUUAAGCAUUUCCAUGACUAUUAGUACUUUGAAGUCCAUCUUUAAAAUGCACAAGUUAUAAAUACAGAAGAAAGAGCAACUUACCGAACCUCAACCUCCAACCUCGCCUGACAAGGACCCCUGAAAUUUUCCCUAAGGAUGUAUGUAGAUUUCAGUUCCGCCUUUCCCAUCAGUGGAUCCAAACAUCUGGAAGAAAGUGACUAAUACUGUUUGCAUCUUUGUAUGUAUUUAUUACUUGAUGUAAUAAAGCUUAUUUUCAUUAACAA